CGCCGUCGGGAGCUCCUCCGCCGCCGUCUUCGCCGCCACGCCCCACCUCCCCUCCCUUCCCCUCCCCUCCGUGCCAGCUCGCCCUGCGACCCAGAGGCUCCUCGUUCUCCCCACCACCUGCCGGCGCGUAGUGGGUGCGCGAAGGGCCGCGGCCGCCGUCUCGCGGAGGGAGGGAGGGAGGGCGACGCGGGAGGCGGAGGGGGAUCUUCGUUGGGGGGAGGGAGGAGCUGGGAUCCCGUGUUGGGAUGGGUAUGGCGGGGAAGAGAUUGGGUGGGGGACGACUCGUGUGAGAGGAGGCGUCGCUGGAAUCGGAUCCUCUCCGCUCGUGUGGGGGGUGGAGAGGCUACAAGGGGGCAGACGCUCGCCGUGCUGCUCCUCCAUCUUCCCCGGGCGCGACGGUUGCACCGGCAAGGUCUGGGUGCGAUGGCGUCAACCGCCGCAGCCGCGGAGCCUCCCAUGGAGGAGCAAGUGAUCACGGAGUUUUUCGCCAAGAGCCUCCACAUCAUACUGGAGUCCCGCUCUCCCUAUGAGUCAUCCCGCAACUUCACCCGGCCUUCGCCGCCGUCCUCGCCGCUGUCUGGCAGCCAGCCGCGUGACCGUUGGUUCAACCUUGCGCUCCGAGACUGCCCGGCCGCGCUUGAGAACUUUGACCUGUGGCGGCAGAGCAACCUUGAACCGUUGGUCAUUGACAUUGUCCUCCUGUGCCGCGACAGCACCAGCAAUAGCUCUGCUGGGAGUGGCAAUAUCAUAGAGAGGUGGGUAAUACAGUAUGAGACCCACAGGUCUGGUGGUGGCAAUGGUAAUGGCAGCAAGAACAAUGGCAGGAAGUCUAGGAAUAGCUCGGCCGAGGAUCAUAGCUUGUACAGGACUACCUACCAGGGAUCGACAAUUUUACUUCGGUCGUUGCAUCUGGUUGUCAGGCUCUUGCCGGCAUACAGUCUCUUCAGGGAGCUGAACUCGUCUGGGAGAAUCUGUCCACUCAGCCUGUCACACAAGAUAUCAUCAUUUGUUGAGCCGUUCACCAGGGCAGAGGAUGCAGAGAUGAAGCAUUAUGCAUUUGCUCCAAUUGAAACUCUGUUUGGCCGACUGAGCUUGUCAGUUUCUUAUGUGCCAGUGUUGGAGGUAAUGGCAGCUUCAGAACCAACCUCACCAAUGCCAACAGAGAUCAUAAAAGAUUACGUUGGAAGCCCCACAACUGAUUUCCUCAAGAAAUUCAAUUCCCUCCCUUCAGUUGGCAUUGCACCUGCAUGUGCUGCAAUGACCAGGAGGCACAGUUGGAGUAUUGAGCAUGGAGCUGGAGCGUCAAUGUCACCAUCUCCUUCUCCCACUAAUUCAGAACCCCGCGGGAGCCCUCACCCCAACAUCCCUCUUCGUGUUUCUCUAAAAACAUGCUCACAUCCACAAAAUGCAUCAUCCUCUGGGCAGAAGAAAUAUACACCAUUUGAAGAAUGUUAUCCAUCACCACCACUGUCACCGUCACCAUCCCAUUCCCCUUCAACUAGCUACCCUAGAAAUCCUUUGUUCCGCUAUGAGAGUGCUCCUGUUAUUAUUCCCAAGUCUGGUGGAGGAGGCAGCGGGCUGCCUCUUUCUCCAUGUUCAAAGGGUAAGCACCAGUUCUCACCUCACAAUGACAACCUGGCACCUUCCCCUGAUGAUAACUCAAAUGCGAGGAAGGAUCUGGUCAGGUUUGGUGAAUUGGAGAAGGACAAGACCUUGCAGAAGGUGUUAUCUUACAGUAAAUAUGAUUUGGGAUAUUUUCAUGGGCUCAAAUUGUCAAGAACUUCAAGUAAACUUUUUAUCAUGGAUGAACUGGAUGAACAGGAAUUGGCUUUUGCACGGGAAGACAGAGACACCAUAAUUGAUCAGCUUAACAGGGUUGAUAUCACAGACAGGGGGGAACAGAGAAUGAACCAGGAUGCUGGAGGCUCAUCCACGAGGUCUCCAGCUGCCGCAAUUGGUGCUCUUGUGCGCCUGCUGAAGACUGCACCAAGCCUCAGGGAAGGUCUACAGUCAGAUGCAGCUCCUGUGGUUCCUCAAGAACCUUCUUCAGUUCAGAAGGUCGUGACUGAGGAACAUGGCAACACCACCUCAAGUUCUGCAAAAGCAAGGACGGCGGCUGACGCCCUUGAGGAGCUGAAGAAAUACAGGGAGAUUAAAGAAUCGCUACUGAACCGCGGCAAAUCACAACUUGGGGACACAGAGUUGGGAGAGACACACACAGAUGGAGAACCUUAGCAUAUAUUACGAUGAACGAAAGUUUGCCUUGUGUAUAUAUUAUAUAUGUAGCACACGUUAGCGGACUAUCUAUACCUUAAGCAAGCUAGUAGGCUACUAGGAUAUGACCAAACUCUAUAUGUUUACGUGAUGACAUAUAUAUACCACAUCCAUGCACCUGCAGCUUUGAUAAGAUGAUCUGAGGCUGUGGGGGUUUUGUAAAGUUGAAUUGAUCAUCUGCAAUGCAUGCAGGCCGUGAGAUGCAAUCAAAUGGUUCCAGUUCAACCAUGUUGAUUUAGUUCAAUUUCAAUGCUUCCAUUCUGAUAUG